AUGAGUCUCGAUGAGUUUCAAUUGUUUGAUCAAAGACGAAAGCGGAAACCAUUAGGAGACAUUACCAACCGAAGCACGGCGCACAAAAUAACAAAACCUUCUCGAUCAGUUCCUGCUGGAAUCAACAUCAGGAAACAAAAUACCGCAUUUCUCGAGUCUUUUGGCGAAUAUCGUCCCAGAUCAGAGAGUGGAAAGAUAAGUAGAACCACUCGCCAACAUGCGUUGAUUUGUCCCAGCUCAGGGUUUAAUAAGUCAGAAACAAGUAUUUUUCCUGAUGCGCCAGCUAAAGAGCAUAAACAGGCUGUACUGAUUCUUCUGUUGAAGAAUGUGCUAGCUGACUCAAGCUUCACGAAAAGCAAUGAAGAUCGUAUGAGCUAUUUCCAAUACGUCCAUUCUCUCAAUGACUUCAAUCCACUCCUCAAAGAACAUACUCAAAAUAUCAAAGACUUCGCAGAUCAACUCAAACUCAAACAGUUGCGGUCACUGAAAGCAGCCGACUUCAGAAAAGGCAAUAAAAAAGACGCCAAACCAAUUACAGGCACGGUCCUCGAGUCUAGCCCAAUGAGUUCUUUUAUCACUGCUGUUCGAGGCGAACAAUUCGACGAAUGUCUCCUUUUAAAUACGACAGGAUGCCAUUCCUUACAGGGACGUAACCUCACUUUACGAGAAUUCAUAAUCUACAGUAUUCUCGGAAAGGAUGUCAGACUAUACACAGAAUGGCAGACAGAUACAUAA